UUUCAUUUUCAUUAUCCUUAGUAAUGCAUAUGUUGACCGAAACAAAACAUCAUGUGCCGUAUGUAUCCUUGGUAAUGACGGUCUGUGCGGUUGACCGCUAGAGGCGCCCUUUCACACAUCACAGACAUACACAAAUAUGGCGUCAGGGCAGACACGCAAGAUGCUGGCGCUUAGUCGCUGUGCCAUAUAUCUAUUAAUAUUACUCAUUCCGGGCUCGAUAUCGUCCACGCUUCGUCUUCACCAUGACCAGAGGUUCAUGCUGCCACAGGACAGGGGGUUUUCUUUGGUGAGAGCACACCUGGAGCAUGCAGAGAGUCGCGUCGUGCGCCUGGAGAGAGAAGUCAGGGACGCUUCAGCCGCGCAUCAACACCGCGCACGGCGGAAUGCCGCUGGAUCACCAGUUCCGAAGGUUUAUGGAAGGGCCAACCUAAAUGACUCUCAUAAUCAGAUGGUCGUCCAUUGGGCCGGGGAGAAGAGCGAUGUUAUAGUAGCUUUAGCGAGAGACAGUGUUGGCGCUACAGACCCCAAGACAAGCUCUGUGUAUGUGUCCUAUGACUAUGGAACCACCUUCACCCACAUAUCGGACACAUUUCAACUUUCUGCAGACAGAGAGGGCAAGAAACAAGUCAUUUCCCAGUUCUACCACAGCCCCGCCGACAAUAAACAUUACCUCUUUACUGACACCACAAACACUUACCUCUGGAACACCUUUGACUUCUGUGAAAGCGUCCGGGGCUUCUCCAUCCCGUUCAAGCCCACAGAUCUGUUGCUGCACAGUAAAAGGCCCAAUCUGGUGCUCGGUUAUGACAGUUCACACCCCAAUAAACAGCUUUGGAAGUCAGAUGACUUUGGUGAGACGUGGGUGUUGAUUCAGGAACAUGUGAAGUCCUACUUCUGGGGCAUAGAACCCUUCGACAACCCCACCACAGUGUUCGUCCAGCGGCACGAGCCCCAGGGAGACUCCAGCAUCCUCAGCAGCACAGACUUCUUCCAGACAGAGCAGGGCCGUCGAGUUAUCCUGGAGAAGGUGGACAGCUUCCAAGUCCGGGACAAAUACAUGUUUGCCACCACCACCAGGACAUUAUUUGGAAGCCAUGAACCUCAGUCUGUCCAGCUGUGGGUUUCCUACAACCGCCAACCUAUGAGAGCUGCUCAGUUUAACACCCGCCACCCUAUCACUGAUUACUACAUAGCAGAUGCUUCAGAAGACCAGGUGUUUGUGUGUGUAAACCACAAUAACAACGUCACACACCUGUACAUCUCCGACACACAGGGCCUGGCCUUUUCUCUUUCCUUGGAGAAUGUGUUGUACUACAGCCCUGAAGGCUCUGGGAGCAACACUCUUAUCAGGUACUUCGCCAAUGAGCCGUUUGCCGACCUCCACCGGGUGGAGGGACUGAGGGGAGUCUUCGUGGCCACUUUGAUCAACGGCACUGUCACAGAGGACAACAUGCGGUCGGUCAUCACGUUCGAUAAAGGAGGUACCUGGGAGCUUCUGCAGCCGCCCGCAGCAGACAGCCUGGGUGGAAUCAUAGAAUGCAAGCUGGACAGUGGCUGUUCCCUGCACUUGGCCCAGCGUUGGAGUCAGCUCCUGAACAUUCAGCUGCGUAGGAUCCCUAUUCUGUCUAAAGAGUCUGCACCUGGCCUCAUCAUGGCAACAGGAUCCGUGGGAAAGAAUCUGGCCAACAAGCCCAAUGUGUAUGUAUCGAGCAGUGCAGGGGUCAUGUGGAGAGAGUCCUUGGCUGGUCCUCAUUUCUACACCUGGGGAGAUCACGGAGGGAUCCUAAUGGCUAUAGCACAAGGCGGCUCCUCCAAAACCCUCAAGUUCAGUACCAACGAGGGGGAAACCUGGAAAGAGUUUCAGUUUUCCGAGCAGGAGGUGUACGUGUACCAGCUGCUGACGGAGCCGGGUGAGAAGAGCACCAUCUUCACCAUCUUCGGGUCUUAUGCGGACCAGAAACACAGCUGGCUGAUCUUGCAGGUCAACGCCAGCGAUGUGCUUGGUGUGCCGUGCUCCGAGGGCGACUAUAAACUCUGGUCCCCAUCUGAUGAGAGGGGAAAUGGCUGUCUGCUCGGCAGAGAGAUGGUAUACAAGCACCGUUCACCUCACGCUACCUGCUUCAACGGAGAGGACUUUGAUAGACCAGUGACUUUAUCGAACUGCUCGUGCACUCGACAGGACUAUGAGUGCGACUACGGGUUCAAGCCAAGUGAGGAUCUGUCUCUUGAGGUGUGCGUGCCUGAUCCAGAGUUUUCCGGCAGCCCGUAUACUCCACCGGUACCCUGUCCAGUGGGCACCACUUAUCGUCGCAGCAAAGGGUACAGGAAGGUGUCUGGGGACAGCUGCAGUGGAGGAGAUGUUGAAGCUCGGCUGGAUGGAGAAAUGCUGCCCUGUCCUGUGGGAGAGAGUAAUGAGUUUAUCUUGUAUGCGGUGAGGAACUCCAUCCAUCGCUAUGAUCUGGCCACAGGAACAGACCAGCCGCUGCCUCUCUUGGGUCUCCACGAGGCUGUGGCCUUAGACUUUGAUUAUGAGAAGAACUGCUUAUACUGGGCUGAUAUUUCACUGGACACUAUACAGAGACUGUGUUUGAAUGGAAGCUCAGGACAGGAAGUGAUUAUCAAAAAGGACUUGCAAAACGUGGAGGCACUGUCGUUUGACCCAAUCAGCAGGUUGUUGUACUGGGUGGACGCUGAUUCCCAGAAAAUCGAGGUGUCCAAUGCAGACGGAGACCUGAGACACACUCUGGUGAACUCUUCAGUGCUGGAGCACCCACGCGCCCUAACACUUAUGCCUGAAGAGAGCUUGAUGUUUUGGACUGACUGGGGCGAUCACACGGCGGGCGUCUACAGGAGCGGGAUGGAUGGUUCUAACAUCUCCUGCAUAGUGUCUGAGGGAAUUCGCUGGCCCAACGGCAUCACCACAGAUGACUCGUGGCUUUACUGGACAGAGGCGUACGGAGAUCGCAUUGAAAGAGCAGACUUCAAUGGAGGCCGUCGCACUGUGCUGAUGGAGGGUCUGCCUCAUCCUUACGCCAUUGCUGUUUUUAAGAAUGAUCUGUACUGGGAUGACUGGUCUAGAAUGGGCAUCUUCAAGGCACCUAAAUCAGGCUCACCAGACAGUGAGCUGUUAGUGGGCAGGCUGACCGGGGUGAUGGAUCUCAAGAUCUUCUACAAGGGGAAAACCAGAGGUCAAAAUGCGUGUGCUGAGCAGCCAUGCAGUCUGCUGUGUCUUCCCCAGCCCGGCAACAAGCGUCAUUGCGUGUGUCCAGAUGGAGUUUCCAGCACCACCCUGCCCUCAGGAGAGAUCCAGUGCCAGUGUCCCAGUGGAUACCAGCUCCGCAAUAAUACCUGCAUUAAAACAGUACACACCUGCCUGCCCAACCAGUACCGCUGCUCCAACGGGAAAUGCAUCAGCAGCAUCUGGAAAUGUGACAGCGAUAAUGACUGUGGCGACAUGAGCGAUGAACAGGAGUGCCCAACCACUUCCUGUGACUCCUCGGUACAGUUCCGCUGUGUGGCCUCUGGCUCCUGCAUCCCUCUGGCAUUCAAGUGUGACCACGAGGAUGACUGUGGAGAUAACAGUGAUGAGGAACACUGUGAGUCUCAUCAGUGUGGCUCAGGAGAGUUCACAUGUGCGAGAGGUGUGUGUAUUCGGGACGCCUGGCGUUGUGAUGGAGACAACGACUGCAGGGAUUGGUCAGAUGAGACCAACUGUACAGUGGGCCACCACACAUGUGAGAGCAGCAGUUUCCAGUGUCAUACGGGUCACUGCAUCCCUCAGCGCUGGAUGUGUGAUGGAGAUGAUGACUGCCAGGAUGGCUCGGAUGAGGACCCUACUCACUGCGGAGGUGAAAAAUGCAACGGUUUCCUGUGUAAUAACGGCACCUGUCUGCCCGCUAGUGCUCACUGCAAUGGUGUGGAGGACUGUCCAGGGGGCCUGGACGAGCAGCGAUGCGAUCCUCUCUGCACGCGGUAUAUGGAGUUUGUGUGCAGGAAUCGAGCGCAGUGUCUGUUCCAGUCUCUGGUGUGUGACGGCACACGGCACUGCGCAGACGGAUCGGAUGAGGAUGCGGCAUACGCCGGCUGCUCAACUAAACCAGAGUUUGAAAAAACAUGCGACAGCUACAACUUCCAGUGUGCCAACGGAAUGUGUGUGUCUUUGGAAUGGAAGUGUGAUGGCAUGGAUGACUGUGGCGACUACUCUGACGAAGCCAACUGUGCUUCACCAACAGAGGAGCCGGGCUGUUCCCGUUACUUCCAGUUCGGGUGUAAGAAUGGCCGCUGUGUGCCCGCCUGGUGGAAAUGCGAUGGGGAAAAUGACUGUGGCGACUGGUCUGAUGAGGCACAAUGCUCAGACGGUGUAAUUCCUCACACACCUGCCCCGGGUCCAACUACCUGCUCUCCCAACCGUUUCCGCUGUGGAUCCGGUGCGUGUAUUGUGAACUCCUGGGUGUGCGACGGCUACGCUGAUUGUCCCGAUGGCAGUGAUGAAGUGGGAUGUCCAACAGCACAUAGCGCUGUGACCCCAUUGGCAACUCAAGCUCCGCCCCCAUCGGGUCGCUGCGCUAAAGAUCAGUUCCUCUGUGUGAAGCCCCAGAACUGUAUUGCAAACUGGAAGCGCUGUGACGGACAGCUGCACUGCCAGGAUGGCUCUGAUGAGGCCAACUGUCCCACUCGCGGUUCAUUGACCUGUGUGAACGCGACCCUCUGUGCUGACGGUGAGGCCUGCUUGCAGAAUUCCGACAGGUGCGAUGGCUUCAUGGACUGUUCUGACCACAGCGAUGAGAUGAACUGCACAGGGGAUUUGUUUGCUUACAAGAUUCAGAAUCUGCAGUGGAGCCCUAACUUCUCAGGGGCUGUGACGCUCACAUGGUCCAGGCCCAAAAACAUGCCCACCUCCUCCUGUUCUUUUGUCAUAUUCUACAGGGUGGUGGGAGUCCAGCAGUGGACUGUGAUGGACACAAACAGCAAUAAGGGCAGCGCCACCCUGACAGUGUUGAUACCAGACACAACAUACCAGGUGAAGGUUCAGACUCAAUGCCUCAGCAAACAGUACAAGACCAAUGAAGUGCUCACGCUGCGGACGCCAGAUGGAUUGCCGGACCCUCCUCAGGCCCUCCAGCUGAACUCUGACAGCAAGGAGGACGGGACAGUUCAGUGUACCUGGAUCCCACCAGAUAAAGCACAUGGAUAUAUCCGAGAAUAUAUUGUGGAGUACAUUGAGAAUGACAGUCCCGAGUGGUUUUCGCUGCGUAGCACUGACACUAAAGCAGAAGUGAAGAACUUGCAACCCAGUUCACAUUACAGAUUCAGAGUGGCUGCGGUCACAAGCAGAGGAGUGGGAAACUGGACUGAAAUCAAAUCUAUUAUUCCUCAAAAAGCUUUAUCUCUACCUACUGUCGCGAUCACCAGCUUCACAGAGAACUCCAUAAGCGUAUCCAUCACUUCUGAUUAUGAGGUGGUGCACUAUGUUGUGGUCAUUUCGUGGGUAUUUGAUGAACAUGUGAAGGAAAGCAGGAAUUACACAGUUACAGGAACAUUGCAAGCAACUAACCUGACAGCAGGGACGGUGUAUGAGGUGGCCGUGUGGGCUCACACAGAUGAGGGAGACAGUCCCACUGCUUUCUCCCGCCAACAAACCAAGGGAACCUCACCUGGCAGACCUUUACUGAAGGCCCGGGCUCUUAACCAGACCUCUGUGGAGUGCAGCUGGACCGGACCUCCCGCUGAGAUUUAUGGGGUGUUCUAUGCCACAUCCUUCCUGGAGCUUUACCGUAGACCUUACAGGCGAAACACCACAUCCAGCAGCCUGACUGUCAUAGUAGACAGUGAUGAGCAGUACCUUUUCCUGGUGAGGGUGAUCGUUCCAUUCCUGGGUCCUCCGUCUGAGUAUGCAGUAGUUAAAAUGAUCCCCAACGAGCGACUGCCGCCUCGAAACCUGCAUAAAGUGCGAGUGGAUAAGACACAAGCCACUCUGAAGUGGCAGCCACCGUACGAUUCUCCCAGCAGUCCUCUGACCUAUGCAGUGCAUGUGAGAGACAUGGUUCGUAAGACGGAGAGGGACUACAAAGUGAACACUCAGAAUAAUACAGUGGAGUACACGCUCAAAAGUCUGGAGCCUGGAGGACGCUACAGCAUCACCAUCAGACUGCUCAACAUGAGCAAAGAGACCAGCUACACACUCAACACCGUUCCUCUGCCUGCACCCGAGGCCCUCAAGAUCAUAGAAGAACAAGACCAUGUGUUCCUUUUCUGGAAGAGUCUCGCCGUGAAGGACCAGACCUUCAAUGAGAGCAGGGGCUAUGAGGUGUACAUGCAUGACAGCCUGACCAAUUCCAGCACAUGUCUGGGCAACACCACAGAGACAUUCUUCAGGAUCAGCAGCUUGUUGGUGGGACAUAACUACACAUUCUCGGUGCGGGCACGCUGCCUGCUCAACAACCAGCUGUGCGGAGAGGCGGCAGCGCUGUUGUAUGACGAACUGGCGAAAGGAGCAGGGCCGAAUGAUUCUGCAUCUCAGUCGGGGAAAUCGGGAGACACGGCAGCUGUGGUGGUUCCAGUGUUGUUUCUGCUGCUGGUGGGGGUGUGUGGAGGACUCAUGGUGCUUUACGUCAGGCAUAGACGGCUACAGCACAGCUUCACUGCUUUUGCUAACAGCCACUACAACUCACGCCUAGGCUCAGCCAUUUUCUCCUCAGGAGAUGAGCUGGGUGAUGAUGAUGAAGACGCUCCUAUGAUCAGUGGUUUUUCAGAUGAUGUUCCCAUGGUGAUUGCAUAGCUGGACAACUCUUCUCUCCUUCACUUUCCUCCUCCACCUCCUUAUCACGUUUUCUUACGGCCCUUCCUCUCGGCCCCCCGUCACUUAGAAACGCUGGAUUCGGGUUUCAGGACCCCAAGGAAGAAGAAAACGGAGCGAAAGAGAUAUUUUUGAAUAUAGGAUGCACUUUUAUCGGAUUCGCAAUAACUUAUUUUUUAUAUAUAAUAUAUGUGGGUAUUGGACUUUGUAGGCAUUUACUGAAGCAAACUGUGAAGAAGUUUGUCAUCGGAUCGGCGCGCUCACCGAACAGGGAAAAGACCCUUAUCGUAAACUCUCACACGAGUAUUACAUUUGCUUAAAGCCAAAACAAGCACCUAGAUAUGGGCACAGUAGAUCAGUGCAGAAAAUAAAACACACACAAAAUCUACGAAUAUGUGUAUAGAUGAAUAAAAGGACCAUUGAAUGCUGUCGGAAAGGGAAGGCGGUUCGUAGGCUGUUGACAGUAAAUUGCACAGGAUUUGAUUUUUGUUGCAUACGCUCGAUUCGUGUCACUUUAUGUCAGUAGGCCUGCGUAAGUCCAUGGUACCUUGUUUACACUUUGUAUCCAUUUAUGACUCGUCAGCAAUAGUUUUCAUUCCCUUUGCUUUUUUAAAAUGUGAAAUUUGUAUAACCUCCCUUGGUUGUUUUAUCAGUUAUUUUCAGAUGAGUUAAAUAAGACGCCCUAAAGACGAAAGCAUCACAUUAAGCGUAGUCCAUAUUUAGAUCCACACCAAUUGCAUUUUUUCUCUCUUUUUGCCUCACACGUUUUAUCUAACAGAGCAUAUUUUUUCAUAGCCUGUCCUAUGUGCUGCCAUCGGUUUUAGUUUUUAGUGUUCUCAGGGAACUGGGUUAAUGUAGAUUGUACCAGCGUUAGCAGUCACACUGCCACAGGCGGCGCGGUGUGUUUCUUUCUCAAACUAUUGUGCUGUACAGUAGUUCAAUAUUGCCGAAGCCUGUGCAGCUCCUGUCUGAGCAUCAGGCCUCAUACUAGUCUCUCUUGUGCCAACAGAAAAGCAGAAGGUAGAGCAGACGUCAUGCUUUUCUUAACCGUUGUGAAGGGGUAAAUGUUAAAUCCAUGUUGUCUUUGGGUUGCGGGUGUUGCUUAUAAUUUGUUUAUGAAUGUAUUUUUUCGUAACUUGUAUCGAGGUGACCAGUGAAAGGAAAAUGGUUAUGGUCUCCCUGUUUCUUUCAUGUUUGUAAUGAGGUUAAUGGCCAGUUUACAUUCAGAUGCUUUUGGUCAUUAUUCAUAUUUCAUCAUUGUUUAUUGGCAUUAACUGCUUGAUUAAAUGGUUUUAUUCACUACCACAUUGCCUUAUUACACACUGAGCACAGUAUGUAGCAGUAUGUCAGUGCGAUCACACGAAGCACAUGCUCACAGAAAAUUCGAUCUGUACAUGUAAAACAAAAAAAGAAUGACGUGAUAGAAAAUGUGUGUAUCGACAUAUUGUGAAUGACCACUGUAUAAUGUUUUCAACCAUGCAGCACUUGUGUGAGUCCUGAGCCAUCAUUUAUGUUUUUAUUUGUAUUCUUCACUCACAACCAUUUGUGGCAUGUGCCCAGUUUGAUUUAGGUCAAUACGAUGUACAAAUUUUACAUAGCGGUGACGUGUGUCACUGUCAUGUUGAAAUCUUUGCCUGCCUACUGAGGGUUUUAAAGAUACGAAUAUUUUAAGUGGUACAGAUGUAAGAUGUUUCACCAACCACUUAUGCUGAAAUAAAUGUGGAAAAAUGUUGA